AUUGCCACCCAUAUUCACAAUGGACUAAACUGGGACAUAAAUGCAGACAAAGACUGAACAGCAACUGUUGUCCACGUGAGCUGUGCAUUUGAAAAUGAAAGGGCAAAUCAUAAACACCACAGAUAGUUUAAGGUAAACAGGUACAUAGAUUCACAUUCUGCUGGCAUGAUAACAUGGCUCAUGGAUGAACAAAUGCAUAUGAACUGCUGGCGGAAAUCUUUCUCAGAUUGAGAGAGAAAUUCCCGAACAUUCAUUUGGAAAACAAUUUUCCUUGACAGGGGCCUUGUUGUAAGCUAAGCUAGUAGAUGUAUGUGUGCUUUCACACACCAAAUGAUGUCCCCAGUUCUGUUUGCAUGCGGUGGUUUGCAUGGUUUGGGAUCCCGACCACAAAUACACCUUUGAUGCACUGAAUAAAUACAUACUGUAAUAUAGCCCUGUUUGACUUGGAGGUCAAAUCAGGCAUUGGUUGGAGCGGUUGAGAGACAAUUCAUAACUGGACGUUGUGAUUGGAUGUUGCUGGUCCUGGUGACGCAGAGGGUGCAAGGUUAAGUGAGAGGUGUUUGUUUUCUUGGCUAAUCUUGCUGCACGCCUCUUUGACUUCGGUGUUUAGUCUACAAUAGCCAAAAAGGCUCAAGUGAUCUGUUGCCUCCUUCUGUUAUCUUGGCACUUCAUCAAAAAGUAAAUCUCGUAAUUGAUUCUGUGAUAAAAAGAGGAGAUUGAGAAAAAGAGAAAUUAGACAUAAAUGUCUAUAAUGUGAUAAUUAGUGAAAAUGAGACCCUUGAGUAUGUGUGCACGGACACACACGCACACACCCACACACACAUACACAUGUACAGGCAUACGGACGCCAACAGGACUGAGGAAAGAUCGCUUUUCUUUCUUCUGUCUAACCGCCAGGCCCCACCCCCUUCUUUUCUAAGAGAGGUUUUCUUCCACUUGACCUUAGUGGCCUAAUCUGAGUGCCAGAGACAUGCUGGUGUGUGCGGUCUGUGUAUGCGCGGUGUGUGUGCGCAGAGUGUGUGCUGCGUGUGUCUGAGGACGCUGCCUGCGCCCUGUGCUGGCUACCCCUGGAGCACAGCCAGACCCUCCGUCCUGCGCGGACCCUGUGCCUGUGUGGAGGACCAGACCGCGCGUGUAACAGCUGUGUUUCCUCCGUGUGGAGCUCACGGACAUGGAGCCUGUGCUGGGGGGUGACAGCCCGCCCCGGGGGGCUCCGAUGUCCAGGGCGGGAAGCUGUGGGGAGUUCCACCAGACCACUCAGGAGAAUUCUGGCCAGAGUCGGUCUGCAUCUUUGACAGGAGAAGCCAAGAUCUGUUCACUACCUGAGAACAAAAAGAAGAUGAAGGCACAGCGGCGGCAGUCUGCCCCGUCCCUGGUCAUCAGCAAAGCACUCACAAAAUCCAGGACCAUCUCCAGGGAGAACUGCCUGUCUCCCAUCAGCCCGGAGUCCUGUCCCCUAGUCCAGUCCUUUUUGACCCCGUCUCGGACGUUUGUCACGCACGGACACGCCCAGCUGAAGACGGGCCUUCAAACACAGGAACGCUACCUCUUCCUCUUCAACGAUAUCCUCCUCAUUGCCAAAGCUAAGUCCUCGACACACUUCAAGCUGAAGGCCCAGGUGCGUGUGUGUGAGAUGUGGACAGCCAGCUGUGUGGAGGAGGUGUGUGAGGGCAGCAUGCACCCAGAGAGGAGUUUCGUCAUGGGCUGGCCCACCUGCAACUGCGUGGCAACCUUCAGUUCUGUGGAACAGAAAGAGAGAUGGCUCUCCUUCAUCCAAAGCCGAAUAACAGAAGAGAAAGAAAAAGAUGAUCCCAAAACAAUUUCUCUUAAAAUAUUUGCAAAAGACAUUGGGAACUGUGCAAGUGCCAAGACCCUGCCUGUCAGCCAAUCAGACUGCGCUACAGAAGUCAUCCACAUGGCGCUGGAGCAGUUUGGGAUUGUGGGCUGCGUGAAAGACUACCAGCUGUGGGUGAGCUCCCGAAAGGACGACCCUCCCUACCCUCUCAUUGGGCACGAGUUCCCCCUCAGCAUCAAAAUGAGCCACGUCCGGGAGAAAGCCUCACAGGCCGGGAGAGUGAAGGACCCCGUCACCCCUCUGGACCUGCUGGGGCAGCUUCCCCUGGACACGCAGUGCCAGUUCAUCCUGAAGGCCCGUCGAGUGGCAGCGGGGCAGAUCUUAACGGAGCCAGUGCAGAAGCCCCUCAGGAGGAAACGCUCCCUCAUUAACUGGGCCUUCUGGCGCGGCUCCAGCUCCCAGCUGGACUGCCUGCCCCCGUCGCCCACGUCGCCCGCCCCGGGACGGCUCUUCGGCCUGCCGCUCAGCGCCGUGUGCGAGGGCGACGCCCUCCCCAAACCUGUCAUGGACAUGCUGGUGUUUCUCUACCAGGAGGGCCCGUUCACCCGCGGAAUCUUCCGGCGCUCCGCCAGCGCCAAGGCCUGCCGCGAGAUGAAGGAGCGUCUGAACGCCGGGGCCGACGGCCUCCCUCUCACCAGCGAGUGCAUCUUCGUCACCGCCGCCGUCUUCAAGGACUUCCUGCGAAACAUUCCGGGCAGCCUGCUGUCCCAGGACCUGUAUGAGCAGUGGCUGGGGGUGAUGGAACGUGCCGGAGAGUGUGACAAGGACAAAGUGCAAGCAGUACAGAGGUUGGCUGAGCGCCUGCCCAAGGAGAACCAGCUGCUCCUGAGACACAUGCUCGCCAUGCUGCACUGCAUCCAGUGCCACGCCCAUCACAACCAGAUGAACAGUUUCAACCUGUCCGUCUGCAUCGCUCCCAGCAUGCUCUGGGCCCCCGCCCCCUGCAGCCCGGACGUGGAGAGCCAAGGUACCAAGAAGGUGUCCGAGGUGGUCCGGUUCAUGAUUGAACACUGUUGUGAGGUGCUGGGCGAUGAUGUCACUUCCUUGUUUGGUGGAUUCCCUCAGAAGGGCGGCAACCACAUAUCUGAUGCGUCCACCGUCCAGCUGAACGACUCGUCCUACGACAGCCUGGAGAACGAGCUGAACGACGACACGGAGUCUCCCUUCCCAGACCUGCGGGGGCGAAAGGACAAGCAGGAGAACAGGAGCCGCGACUCCGUCAUCACCCUGAGCGACUGCGACCUGGACCAGCCCGACCCCGACCCCGUCCCCAUGCCUGUCCACCUGCAGCUCCCCCCUCUGGUCCACCCCAGGAAGUUCACCCAGUCUGUGCACCAGCCCCACCCUCCCCCUCCCGCACACGGGGACGCCUCUGAGCGGGACGCCCUCUCUCGACAGGGAACCCGCUGGCUGCGGCGAUGUUCCGAACCCGCCAUCAGACAUCCCGCCUCCAGCCUGAUGCCAAACCUCGGGCCGCACAGUAUGGCGGUCCGCAAAACCAGCUAUGACGAUGUAAUGAAUCACGGCGAGGGCGAGGUUUUUGUGGACUCGCAGCAAGACGGACAGACAGGUGCAGGGGACGGGGGCGAUGAGGUUGAGCGGGACAAGCGGAGUACGCGGGACGUCCUAAGGUGGAAGCACAAGCUCCCCUCGCCACUGCGUCUGGACAUCAGCUGCUCCAGCCUGUCCUCUCCUGCUACGUCCCCCUCCGGCUCAUCCAUGAGCUCACUGGACAGCGCCUUUUCCCAGUGCUCCACAGACUACACGGUCCCCACAUCUGCCGUGGGGAGCUCUUCCCCCAAAUACCCUACCCCCAAUUCUCCUCGCUCCCCUGUCACCACCUUUCCACUCUUCCAUGGCACUGUCCCCGCCCCCAGCACAACAUCCCACAGGGAGCACUGUGAGUGGAACCAACACAAGAUUGGCCACGGCCUGCACCCCAACACUUGGCUGAAGAGGGACCGAAGACUGUCGUUACGGCAGCAGGACCAGAGUGGCUGGGAAGAGGAAGAACCUAGGGAGCUGAGCAGUGGGCCUAGCAACAGGCCCCUCCCCUCCAAUGGGUUGUUGCUGAGCAAUGACAGAAAAGCCCAUGGACUUGGAGACCCUUCUAGAAAGAGAUCCAGCAGCCCUCCUUCCUAUCAGCAAGCCAUGCUGCAAAUCCAGGACCCCCGGUCCCCCGUUUGCAAGGCCAGGGACCAGGUGCUGACAGUGAAGGAGCUGAGACAGCUGCAUGACCAAGCUUCUGCGAGGAGCAGGGGAAGUGAUGUCACUCAACAGAGCACAUCGGCAGUAAGAGGUAGUCUGCCCCAGUCAGUGUUCUUUGGACAGGCCUCCUCCAGCAUGACUCUCCAGAGGCAGAAGUCCCACUCCCUCAUCUCAGCCAUGGAGGGGUCUCGCAGGACCUCCAUUGCUGGUAGGCGGGCAUCCGAACCCUUGGUGGGCCGCUGUGCUUCACGCCGAAUCUCCACCCCAGAUCUGGAGAGGCUUCACAGCCAGGCGCUGGUCCAAGGGAGCAAGGCUUUAGCAGGCAAGACCCUGCAGGACUCUGGGCUUAAGGGCUCCUGCGUGGAGCCGCUCCACAACAGCGCGGGUCUGGACCUGGAGCCCAGGUUCUGCCAGGCGGUGAGGGACUACUUCUCGCGCACGCACACGGACCCAGAAUCCUGCUUGAGGAGGAGCCAGGAGGUGGCCGCGGCCAUCGUCCAGAGCAAGCGGGAGUGGCGGAGCAGGAGGUGCAGCGACCCCAGGUUCGACGACUUCGACCAAAUGUUUUUCGCCGAAGAGUCUUACGUGUGAAUUGUUUCCAAAAUGAGCUUCUCUGUUCAGUCCGCUUCCCCGUUCUCUGUCAGCCAGCUGUAAAUUUUGUGGAUGUAUUUUCAUAGUGUUGUCAGCACCACAAACGCUUUGGGCAGGAACACCGAUUCUUUCACACACCAUCCUAAACCUUCCUCACACACCUCUCUCUCACAGAAACAAGGGUCAUCUACACGCUGAUUAAAACUAUUUUAAUUUUUGUGUUCUUACUAAUGUACUUAUCGGAAGCAAAGACACUACCCAUCAAAACCAAUGGCUUGUAUUUACAGAAGAGCACAUGGUAGUCACAGUUGUAUAGUACAUUGUAAGGCCAGGGUUCCGUUUUUGUAAAAAAUAUAUUUAUCUGCAAUAUAUUGUUGAACUCGCUGAAAUGCUGUCUAGAUUUCUAAUAGUCAUCAAAUAAAAUUGUGCAGCUUCUGCUUGUUUCUGUGCAGUAACACGUAAAACAUUGCAGAAACAGAAGUACGGAUGUCGCUCGUGUGACUGCACACUAGUUUCCGCUGCAUAGGUAGGUGUCAAGUUCAGUUGUCAAGUGUGGGAGUAACUAUGUCCAUGGACAUAUUUUGAAUAAAGGGAAAGAAAACGAGGACUUUAAAUCAUAAAAAUGAGUUUGAGGCAAACGUGUACUGUUGCAGGCAUGUAAGAAUGGAGUCUCAGGACUUCAGUACUGAUUUUUUACGAUCUCGGGCCCAGAGUAGUCAGGUGGAGAUUACACCUACUUAAAGGGAACCCACUAUACCCAUUGUGUACCGGUGUUUUAUAAAUAUAUUUUUAGAUACAAGUAUGAAAUGCAGUAUACAUCUGUGCAUACUUGCUAUACACUGUUAUCAUUGUCAUUGACGGUAUGCUGUAUACAUGCUAUUUUCUCUUGUGUUGUAUAUGCUAGCAUUGGCAAUAGUUAUAUUGCCAAAAACCAUUAAUAAUAGAAAUAGUGUCUGAAAGAAGUACUGUUUAUAAGCUAAUGGUAUUUCCUAUUUGUUGUUUGACUUCCUUUGAAAACACAGCAGUUUUAAUACAGCACUAUGUACUUAGAGCACUACCCUUUGUAAGUGAGUUAGAGGACUAUGCCAUAAAACUAGCUAUCAAAGUGGCAUUCCAGAUUAUAUCACAAUCAAAAAGUGAAUAGGCCAAUUCAGAGCAUUCUCCUUUAGCCUGUAGUUGCUGUCAAUGAAGGAGAGAUUAUUAGGAGCCAAUAUUCAAAGUUCCCAGCAGGAAUGUUAGAAUUAAAAAAUGCUACAGCACUUUCUCUUCCAUAGCUUAAUCCCAAUCUCCGUUUAUAAUGGAGAACACAGAGUGGCAAAACCACAGUAAUUGCGUGUAUAGGUAUACAGGUAGUCACAGGUGUACAUAUUAUAUUUAUGUUUCCUUGAUAUUUUUAAAAUGUUUGAGCUGUCACAUCGCUGCCAAUGAUUCAUAAGCGUAUAAUGCAGAAACUUUAUAUCUAAUAUAUUUUCCGUAAUCUCUAUUUGUUUAUUGUGUAUAGUUUUGUAUGUACAUUAAUAUGAUUCUGGAGUGGUAGUUUGUAAGGAAGUGAAUGUGUUUUUUGUACAUGCCAAUCCAGCUGCUGUCUAUAAAAUUAUAUCUGCUGCAAUAGUGUACCAUUUCUACAUUGUGUAUAUCAGAUCUGUAAUGCACAUGGCAAUUAACAGUAACAAAUAUAAUAAAGUAUCACACUUGUGAAAUAUUCACUUGAAAAA